AUGUCAUUUGAUGCUCCAGCAGUUUAUCGUGCUCCAGUUCUUCCUGGUGAAGAAUCUGAACAAGAUACAAAUCAAGAAAUUAUCACAGCUUUCAAGAAUUUUGUUUUGGAAUAUAGAGUUGGUACUGAUUUCUUAUACCGUAAUCAAUUACGUGAAAACUUAUUAGUGAAGGAAUAUUCUUUAACUGUUGAUAAUGAACAUCUUAUUGGUUAUAAUGAAACUUUAAAUAAAGGUUUAAUGGAUGAUCCUUCUGAUAUGAUUCCUUUAUUUGAAAGAGCUAUUACUGAUGUUGCUAAAAGAAUUGUUUUCUUACAAGAUUCAGAAGUUCCAACCAAUUUCCCAGUGUGUCAAUUAAUUCUUAAAUCAAAUGCUUCAACUUUAUCAAUUAGAGAAUUAGAUGCUGAUCAUAUUUCCAAAAUCAUUCGUGUUAGCGGUAUCAUUAUCAGUGCUUCAGUGUUAAGUUCCAAGGCUACUUCUGUUCAAAUCAUGUGUCGUUCAUGUAGACAUACUAUAAGAUUAUCUGUUAAUUCAAGUUUUGGUGGGUUACAAUUACCUAAAUCAUGUCAAGCAACUCCAGCUGAUGGUGAAAGAUCUCAAUGUCCUCCUGAUCCAUAUUUAGUUGUUCAUGAUAAAUCACAAUUUAUUGAUCAACAAAUUUUAAAAUUACAAGAAUUACCAGAAAUGGUUCCAGUGGGUGAAAUGCCUAGACAUGUAUUACUUUCAGUUGAUCGUUAUUUAACAAAUAAGAUUGUUCCAGGUACUCGUUGUAAUAUUAAUGGUAUUUAUUCCAUUUAUCAAUCAAAAGUUAAAAAUGCUUCAUCUGUUGCUAUUAGAAACCCAUAUAUUAGAGUAUUAGGUAUACAGACAGAUGUUGAUCAUAAUGCUGCAGGUAAUGCUAUAUAUACAGAAGAAGAAGAAGAAGAAUUUUUAGAAAUGUCAAGAAAUCCAGAUCUUUAUGAAUCAUUUUCAAAUUCAAUUGCUCCAUCAAUUUAUGGUAAUUUAGAUAUUAAAAAAGCUAUUGCAUGUUUAUUAAUGGGUGGUUCUAAAAAAUUAUUACCAGAUGGUAUGAGAUUAAGAGGUGAUAUUAAUGUCUUAUUAUUAGGUGAUCCUGGUACUGCUAAAUCUCAAUUGUUAAAAUUCGUUGAUAAGGCAAGUCCUAUUUCAAUUUAUACAUCUGGUAAAGGUUCUUCAGCUGCAGGUUUAACAGCUUCUGUGCAAAGAGAUUCCACCACAAGAGAAUUUUAUUUAGAAGGUGGUGCUAUGGUUUUGGCAGAUGGUGGUGUUGUUUGUAUUGAUGAAUUCGAUAAGAUGAGAGAUGAAGAUAGGGUGGCAAUCCAUGAAGCUAUGGAACAACAAACUAUUUCUAUUGCAAAAGCUGGUAUUACUACAGUUUUAAAUUCAAGAACUUCAGUUUUAGCUGCAGCAAAUCCAAUUUUUGGUCGUUAUGAUGAUAUGAAAACUCCUGGUGAAAAUAUUGAUUUCCAAACUACAAUUUUAUCAAGAUUUGAUAUGAUUUUCGUGGUUAAAGAUGAUCAUAAUGAAGGUAGAGAUGUUUCAAUUGCUAAUCAUGUUUUAAAUAUUCAUACUGGUAGAAAUCAACAACAAGAAAUUGCAGGUGAAAUUCCAAUUGAUAAAAUGAAGAGAUAUAUCUCUUAUUGUCGUGCUAAAUGUGCACCAAGAUUAUCUGAACAAGCUGCAGAAAAAUUAAGUUCACAUUUUGUUGAAAUUAGAAAAACUAUAAAUGAUGCUGAAGCUUUAAGUGAUCAAAGAUCAUCUAUCCCAAUUACAAUUCGUCAAUUAGAAGCUAUUAUUCGUAUAACUGAAUCAUUGGCUAAAUUACGUUUAUUACCAGUUGCAACUGAAGAACAUGUUGAUGAAGCAAUUAGAUUAUUCCAAGCUUCAACAAUGGAUGCAGCAAAUCAAGGUAAUAUAACUACAGCACCAAAAUUAAAAGUUGAAAUUGAUAAGAUUCAAAAUGAAGUUAGAAGAAGAUUACCAAUUGGUUGGUCAACAAGUUAUCAAACUUUAAGAAAUGAAUUUGUUGCAGGUAAGAAUUAUUCUCAACAUGCUCUUGAUAAAGCAUUAUUUGUAUUGGAACGUCAUGAAUCAAUUACAUUUAGAAAUCAAAGACAAAGAAUUUUGAGAUCUGGUGUUUAA